AUGGCUGAGUCAAACAACUCUAGCCUCUCAAAUUCAACACCGAACGGGUCUAGUCGCCAUGAGAAAAGUUUGGGUCUACUCACAAUCAAGUUUGUGUCACUGCUGCAAGAAGCAAAGGACGGAGUACUCGAUUUAAAAGUGGCUGCAGACAGCUUGGCUGUGAGACAGAAGAGGAGAAUCUAUGACAUUACAAAUGUUCUGGAAGGGGUUGGACUCAUAGAAAAGAAAACUAAAAACACCAUCCAGUGGAAGGGGGAAAAUUCAGGGUGCCAGACACAAGAGGCUCUGGAGCAGGUUGAGCAGCUGAAGAUCCAGAUCUCUGAACUGGACGUGCUGGAGAGAGAACUGGAUGUUCAGAAAGCCUCUUUACAGCAGAGCAUUAAACAUAUGAAUGAAGAUUCAGUCAGCAGCAGAUAUAACUAUGUGACUCAUGAGGACAUCUGUGAUGCGUUCAGUGAAGACACUCUUCUUGCUGUUAGGGCACCAUCAGGGACACAGCUGGAGGUCCCUGUUCCUGAAAUGGGCCAGAGUGGUCUGAAGAAAUAUCAAGUGAACCUGAGGAGUGAAUCCGCUCCCAUCCAAGUCAUGCUGAUAAACAGAGAGACGAGCAGCUCCAAGCCUGUGGUCUUCUCCAUUCCACCUCCAGACGACAUUGCCAUGAUGCCCACCCCGCCCAGCACCCCGGCUGGCCAGCAGAAAUUCCCCCUCCCGUCGGCAGAGUUCUGUGGGCUGCAGCCUUGCCUGCUGAAGGACACGCUGCCAGAGAACCAGCACACCCCUUCCUCCACACCCCCAGACAUUCACAUGGAGUGCCAUCCUGAUUCACCGGCUAGUCAGUGCUUGAUGAUGCAGGAGCCUCUGGCUGACGCGGAAACCGAUGUCCCGCAGCAUGGGGAGAUGGAAGGUCAGGACCUGCAGUCCAUGCUGGACAUGGGCAGUCUGCUCCGACUCAACACGGUGGACCAGAUGAAAGAGGAGAGAGAGGGAGUUGCAGACCUUAUAGAUGAGCUGAUGUCAUCGGAUGUUUUCCCCCUAUUACGACUCUCACCUAACCCAGGCGUGGAUUACAAUUUUAACCUGGAUGACAAUGAGGGAGUCUGUGAUCUGUUUGAUGUGCAGAUUCUAAAUUAUUGA